AUGCGCGCUCUUGGUUUCAUCGCGAUUUCAGCCUGCUUCCUGGGGAAAGCGACAAGAAUAGGCGCACAAACAUGUUACUUCCCAAACGGCUCCGAGUCCCCUCACAAUUACACCCCCUGCGGAGCUCAAUCAUCCCGCCUGGCGAGCGCAUGCUGCCCAUCUUUAGACAUCUGUCUGGACAAUGGCCUCUGUCUUGCCCAGACGGGCAAUGAAGUCGUUUGGCGGGGCUCUUGCACAGAUCAAAGCUGGGAAAGAGAUGGAUGUCCGCAAUAUUGUCAGGAUGUCCAAACCGAUUGGGGCGUAACGAUCUAUCCGUUCCAACAGGACUCCUCCUUUUGCUGUGGACCGGGCAACUCAUCAUCCAACGCAUGCAUCAACAGUACACAAGGGAGCACAGCUCCCUUUUUCGUGCGAGCUGGAAGAGUAAUAUUCAACCGGACAUCCGGUUCCAUCUCGCCGAACAGUAGUGAAACAGCUACGGUCACUGUCUCAUCCACAGCCGCUCCAUCAACGACCGCAAAUUCGCCCACUGACCCCACAAUAUGCAUUAAUCCGCCAUCUUCAUCUAAUAAGUCUAAUGUGGUCGGACUUGGAGUCGGUGUACCGCUUGGGCUAGCAUUGCUCGGUGCUUUGGGGUUGCUGUGGAAACAGAGGAAUCGCGAGCUGGGCGCGAGGCGAGAGGCGCGCGCUUGGGAAGGGAAAUAUGAUGAGCUGAGGAGUGAAAAGCGCGGAGAGUCGAUUGGUGUUGAAGGACAGACGCAAGAGCUUAGACAUGAGGGCUGGAUGCUGGACGAACUUGAGGGAAGUCUUGUCUAUGAGGUCGCAGAUAGCAUCAGAUGA